AUGGCAAGCCGAUUCCCUACUCGAAUGACGGGGUCAUGGAUGAUCCGCACCGGACAGGCCCGAAAGAGGGCACGCGUGGCACAGAGGGCGGAGUGUCGGAGAAGCUUCGUGGUCCCUCGAACACGGAGGAGAAGAAGCCGGACAGUCCGAAGGAGGCUCCUCCUUCUGCCGCAUAGUGAACAACAGAAGCUCCCCACCUCCAGCGACGAGACGGUUUCUAAAGAAUCCAAGGAUACGAAGGACUCGAAAGAUUCGAAAGACUCGAAGAGCUCGAGCGGAGACUCGUCGUUGGGAGUGCUCGAGAAACCGGCUGAUCUGCCGCAAAAACCAUACGAUAUCCCUCACCCCAAGUCACCUGCCCCCGUGGCGGAGGAUCCUCUCGGUCUCGACACCAACAGUAACAUCAUCGACGGCACUAGCGGAGAGGAAGGCAGUCCGCUUCACUCGCUCUUGUUCUCGUUUACCAUGAUUGUGGUGUCGGAAAUCGGCGACAAGACCUUCCUUGUCGCCGCGCUGAUGGCGAUGCGUCACCCUCGCUUGCUGGUUUUCUCCGCCGCCUUCGCUGCUCUCAUUGGCAUGACUGUGCUUUCCGCCGUGCUGGGACACGCCGUCCCAACCCUGAUUCCCAAGUCGUUCACCAAGAUCAUGGCGGCGGUGCUGUUCUUCAUCUUCGGACUGAAAAUGCUGAAGGAGGGGCGCGAGAUGUCGCCGGACGAGGGUGUCGGCGAGGAGAUGAAGGAGGUCGAAAUGGAGCUGGAGGAGAAGGAACAUCAACAGCUCCGUAUGAACCGCCGUCGUUCCUCGGUGACUCCUCACGCGCUUGAAUCCGGACGCACUGGACGCCGCAAGUCCCGGUCCACGAACCGUCUGCCGUCGCCUCCGGAGAGUCUGUCGUCUUCGUCUUCGCGUGACUCGUCCCCGGCGCCUGGUCGUCGGUUGAACGAUGUCCUCGUGGGAAUGAACAACCUGUUUUCGCUUCUCCUCAGUCCUGCUUGGGUCCAGACGUUUGCGAUGACCUUCCUGGGAGAAUGGGGCGAUCGUAGUCAGAUUGCGACGAUUGCCAUGGCGGCCGGUCAGGACUACUGGUGGGUCACCGUGGGUGCCAUUACCGGACAUGGCCUCUGCACUGCCGCCGCCGUCAUCGGAGGAAGUGCUAUUGCUGGUCGAGUCAGCAUGCGUGUUGUGACGCUGGGCGGUGCCACCGCUUUCUUGCUGUUCGGGGCCAUUUACCUGAUAGAAGCGCUCUAUUAG